AUGUCUGCGCCAUCUCAAGCUUCUGAGGGUACUCCCAAAAAGGAGAUUAUUAUAGUGGGUGCCGGCAUUGUUGGAGUAUGCACUGCUUAUUACCUUACGCAACACCCGUCCUUUUCCAAAGAAACGCACCAUAUUACUAUUCUAGAAGCUAGACGUCCUGCCGGUGCUGCUUCUGGAAAGGCUGGCGGACUGCUUGCAAUGUGGGCCUUCCCUCAGCAAAUUGUUCCUCUUUCUUUCCGGCUUCAUGAACAACUAGCCGAAGAGUAUAAUGGCGCGGCCGAAUGGGGAUACCGUGGUCUCAAGACCCUCUGUAUCGAAGGAAACAUAUCAUCCUCUCACUUGCGCAACAUUCGCAACGGAGUCGUCAAGUCAAACACUGAUAUUGAUUUGCCCGAUGACCUAGAUUGGGUCACACCAGAGAUUAUUGACGGCUGGACCAAUCUCGGCGAUGCAGACUCUACAGCUCAAGUCCAUCCUUACAAAUUCACCCUUUUCAUCCUUAAAAAAGUGCUUGAAACUGGGGCCGUCGAUCUUAUCACUGGAAAGGUGAUUGAGGUCACUACAGAUGCUGAUGGUGUGGCCAAUGGAGUGGUUUAUCUCUCCUCAGCAUCAGACAAGCACCGCAACCAAACAUCAAUUCUUCAAAACUUUCGUCAGCAGCAACCAAGCCCUCAGAAAGAAUCAACAACUUCCCAGGCUUCAAAGGCUGCGGCUGCUGCAGGCACAGGUGCCACAUCGUCUCCGAAAAAACAGCAAAAUAGAAGCUCUCUCCACCAUCCAGAUAAUCCAACAUUUAAUAACAACCCUUCACACCUCGCCCCAUCCACUUCUGCUUCAGCUUCUAAGCCUUUGACACCCGAAUCCUCUUCAUCAAAUACUUUCCGCGGUAUUCAUAACAGUUCCUACUCUAAUACUCCUCUCUCCGCUACCUCCACCAAAAACACAACCCCAAGCAUAUCUGAAUCCAGCGAGGAGUCAGCCAACCUGUCGACAGAUGACGACGAGUCUAUUCUUGACGGAAGCAUAGCAUCCUCUGAGGAGUCUGAGGAGCUAGUUUCUGGUGUAGAUAAUGAGGAUAUUGAUUCCUUAACUACCGGACUAAAGAGCACCGAUGAAGGCUCUGCCAAUACCAGUAAUACCAGUAACAACAAUAACAGUGACCCUGCAACAUCUGGUUGGCCAUCACUAAAGAUUAACGAAAACCCUAACGACAAACCUAACGACUCUAUAAAUGAAAAUGAUACAACCAACAAUAAUAAUAACAUCACAAAUAAUAAUACCAAGUCCCGAUCUCCUUUUACACACAAAUCGGAUUCAUCACGACUUGAUACACCAGCUUUCAUCGACAAUAGCAGCACCGAUAAUAAUGGUGAUCAAACAACUGCCUCUUCUGAGCUGCAUAUAAAUGCAACAGAGGAAGAGGAGGAGGGCGAAGAAGCCGACGUUAAGGAACGGAUUCCGGCUGGAAAGGUUAAGACCACGUUAGAGGGUGAUCAGAUUGUUUUAACUUUAGGCCCUUGGACUUCGAAGCUGUUGCCAAGUUGCCCCAUUUCCGGGCUGCGUGCACAUUCCAUUACUAUUCAACCAUCCAAACAAGUAUCACCUUUUGCACUUUUUACUGAGAUGAGAACAAGCAGAACUUCGUAUGUCUCUCCAGAGAUUUAUCCCCGUCGUGAUGAGGUUUAUGUUUGCGGUGAAGGUGAUACAUUUGCCGAGGUGCCCGAAACUUCAGAUGACGUUGAGGUUCUUCGUGACCGAUGUGACGAGCUAUUUAAACAUGUUGGUGAGAUUUCAAGUAACUUAAAGAAUGGCCGGAUUCUUAAGCGCCAGGCGUGCUACCUGCCAGUGGUGGACGUGCCUUCACACUCGGGGCCAUUUAUUGGUCCUACAAAUGUGGAUAAUUUGUAUUUAGCGAGCGGACACUCGUGCUGGGGCAUCAAUAAUGCGCCGGCUACGGGACUUUUACUUUCGGAGAUUUUACUGGAGGGUGAGGCCAAGAGCGCAUCUGUGGAUGGUCUCGAGCCAGAAUUUUACUUUGAUGCUUCUCUUAAGGUUGUUUAA